GCCUGAUCAGUUGCGUUUCGGUGCUGGGCCAGUUUGGCAGUGUUUUGCGGCAGUGAGCGUUGCUAGUGAACGUGCGUGAUAGGCGCAGUUUUUGUUAACUUCAGUGCAGUUUAUCGAGUGAAAUUGAAGUGAAGUACGCUGGGAGUUGCUGUUUAUGCUUCCGGGUUAAAGUGUGGUGCGUGUUUAUCUGUGCGAGUGCGUUAGUGUGAUAUCCCAUUUACUAAGGAACGACGCCACGCAGCCACGCUCUUCAACGUUCUGGUGCGCUCGCCGUGGUGGAAAGGUUGCGGAAAAUGGCCCUUGGCAACCCCCCGGGAGUGUACGGAAAUUAGAGCUCUUCAGUGGGCGCGGAAAUACUAAACACUUAGCAGAGCUCCCGUCCCAACCCGUCGCACGCAAAAGUCCCGCGGGGUUUUUAUUUGGGAACGCUCUUCUCGGAAAGCGUCUGCCGCUGCUUUCCAGGUGCGCUCGGGCUAAUACGGAUGUGCGAAGAAGUGUGCCAGUGCGACGAGUGACGGUUUGAAAGUGCCAACAGGAAACGAGCGUAAAUCCACCAGCGCCCUGCGCCGCCCAAGUCGCCACCUUCUACAAACCACCAUCGGCAGCAGCAGUAACGCCAGGAGCAGUAUGGCCGGCUUCGUUUGCCAUCUCCUGCUGGUGUUUCUCUUCACCCGGGAAACGGCUUACGGCACUUCAUUCGGAAACAGUCUGUCCGAUCCGCUGCUCGAUCCGGACUUCAUCGACAGCCCACCGAUGGUGCAGCCCAAGUUCACUUCCCGGUCGCAGUCGGUCCGGGCCGUCAUUGGCGAUACGAUUACGCUUCCCUGCGAGGUGGAAAAUCUAGGCCGUAACAUUCUGCUCUGGCGUCGAGGGAGUGCCGUCGUAACGGCCGCCAAUCUUAUCAUUACCCGCGACACACGGUUCAAGCUGCUCGAGGGCUACAGUUUGCAGAUUAAAAACGUUCGCCCGCAGGACGCCGGGGAUUACAAUUGCCAAAUCGGUGACCACGACAACCGGGACCUGGUGCACACGGUCGAGAUUCUGGUGCCACCCUCGGUACGCUCCAACCCGGAAACCGGUCACGUCACCGUCCGGAAGGGUGGCACGGCGACCCUCGAGUGCAAAGCCUCCGGCAACCCCGUCCCGAGCAUCAGCUGGACCAGAAAGGAUUCGAUACACGGCUCGCCGCAUCUCUCCGAAGGGCCCACCCUGACGCUGGAAAACGUGAACCGGCAGGACAGUGGAACGUACCGGUGCUACGCAGACAACGGCAUCCGGGAACCGGUGUUCGUCGACAUGCAGCUGAUUGUCCUCUCUCCACCGGAAAUCACGGUCGAAAAAUCGUGGGUCCACGCGGGUGAAGGCUACGAGGCACAGCUCGUCUGCACCGUACACGGAGAUGCUAAUCCUGAGGUUAUGUGGUACCAGGACUCGUUUCUGCUGCAUCCCAACGACAGACGGACGAUGGAUACGCGGGGCGAAAAGCACUACCUAACCGUCCGGAACGUUCGAGCAUCUGAUUUUGGCAAUUAUAGCUGCGUGGCGGAAAACUCACUCGGACGAGCGAAAAAGUACAUCGAAGUAUCGGGCCGGCCCGGACCGGCACAGUUCCAUUCGCCGAUGUACAGCCGGUAUCGGGAGAUGUACAACCUAACAUGGAGCAUUGAAUCAUUCCCGCUGAUAGAGGAAAUAAGAUUACUCUACAGAAAAUUAAUGAUGAACGAGUCCUUUCAGCAUCCGGGCAGAUGGCACGACAUCAUCCUGAACCCACCGUCAACCCGAUCGGAAUCCUAUCGGCACAUCAUGACGUACACCAUCAAGGGGCUGGAUCCGAACUCGGUCUACGAAACGAUCGUGCAGGCGAAAAAUCGUUACGGCUGGAAUGAGGUUAGUGACAUAUUCCAGUUCUACACCCUCAGCACGGAUAUGCCGAACGAAGACGUGGAGCAAACGCUCGGAUCGACCGCGUACGGUAACAACUACCGGGCGCUCAAUCGCUGCUCCGGACUGCGCACCGAACUCAUCCCGGGAACGAUACUACUGAGCUUAGUGGGCGCCAUUUGGCGGUUGGUAAGAACAUAAACAAAUAAUGCGCCAAACCCCACUAUUAGUGUGCUGCAAGGGGAAAACGAAACAAAACUGAAAAGAAGAGAUAUAACUUUACAUUCCUUUAGUUUGGGUUUUUUUUUCUGGAAAUCAUAAUGAUUAACGAAAACUACAACAAAACCACCAUAAUGUUAGAGAGAGAUGAGAAAGGACAGCAGAAGGGUAAGAGACGCAGGACGCAUCUAAACCAUCCACAACCAUUAAGCAACCGGUCCAUCUUGACAAAACGUCUAUAUAACUUACAUGGCAAGAUGGGAAAACGAUGGAAGCGAGAAAAACAGAGAAAAAAACCAUGCUACUGUCAGCUGACUUUGGAGUAAAUAAUUUUUGUAGUAAAAAAAAAUAAACCAACGCGAGCAAGUAAGCACUAGCAAGUAAGAGGUGUAAGUGUAGAAUUAAGCAAAACACGAGAUGACGAUUCUAGAUGUAAGAUAAGCGCCCGGAAGAAGGAACGAAAUACAUGUAAAAGAGGAAAUAAGAAAUAACAACUAAAUGAGGCGGAAUGGAAAGGGGAAUGGAAAAACACAAAAUGAUAUACCAUAUAGAAGAAGCCAAAGACGAAUGACGCAUAUUGGAAAAAAAAAUACCGAAAAACGAAAUGAGAAUAUAGAAAACCCAAAAAAACAAAACAAAACAAUAUUUACUUGCUGGCAGAAAACCCUUACAAUUAGUACUCAUUUCAUUCGCGUGAAAGGACAAAAGGGCAGAAACCUUACCGGCGGUAAGGUGGAGAAUGGAGAGUUUAGGGAUUCGAUUUGACCUUUUUUUUGUAAUCACAUUUGUUGCAGAAAUUGUGGUAAAUGUGGUAAAUAAAGCAAAUGUGUCGAGCGGGCGAAGAAACUCUGGUACAAUUUAGUUUUUUAGAACUAAGGUUAGGUUUUCUUUUUGGUUUUCUUUUUUUUAUCGUUUAACCUGCAUUCCGUGUUGGACGAUGGCCGAUCGAUACGGAGGAUCGUUGCUGCUGCCUGCAAAACUAAAUAUGUAAUUGUACCAAUUGCUAAGAAAGGGAAAUAAAACUUUAUUUUACUCCAAACAAA